GGCUGGAGCGGGAAGGAGAUAAGUGCUGUAAUAACAGCAGCUACAAAGACUGUUGUUUACUCGGUACACGGGAGAGCUGGAAAAGCUUUCAUAUCGUGUAAUGAUGUGAAACUUUUUUUUUCAUCGUGUUAAUCUCUGUGGGGACGAAUAAGGAGUUUUCCCGGUCAUUUAGUUGACUGUCAGUUUGCUGCAGUAGCUAACAUCCAGAUUGAAACAUCAACAGGUGGAUUUUCCCAGAUCUACCGAUGGCCUCUAAAGGUUGGCAGCAUCCCUACGUGAACAUAUUCAAACAUGUCAGAGUUGAGGACUGGAGAAAGUCCACGAAAGAGGGGGACGUGUCAUCAUACACGGACAAGAAACUCAAGAGUCCAGUGUACCGAAUCAGGGGUCCUGUUCCUGCCAACAGCUACAUCCUGGUUCCCAAAAACAUCAACCAGUCUCUGGGGCUGACGGGGCGCUUCUUCUACCUUCUCUUCAGGCCCACCCCCGGGAAAUACUUUGUAGUCCACUUGGAUGUCGCUGCAGAGGAGGGCCAGGUGAUCCGGAUCUCCUUUUCCAACAUGUUCAAAGAGUUCAAGUCUACAGCUACAUGGCUUCAGUUUCCGUUCUUGUGCGGUGCUGCAAAGGAUUCAGUUUAUGAAAGCACUUCCAAAUCUGCAAGACAUGGUUUGGUGGGUCCAGCUCCAACUUCAGUGCGUUGGACCUGUCUGAUGCUGGAUCUGCAGCACACACUUUCUGUCUACCUCAAGCGCUGCUACAGUCACCUGAAGAGCGUCAAGCUGUGUGCCAACAUGGCAGUGAAAAACAUGUUUACCACUGACCUGCUGCUAGAUCCAGGAGUUUCCUUCAGUGAAGCCAAACUCAUGGGCCUGGCUUCUUCUCUGGGAACAGGUCCCAUGCCCAGAGAAAUGUCAUUUCCUGUGCCCAAGGGAGGCUCUUGGCAUGACCUCUAUGAUUACAUCAGGUUUCCAUCAGAAGGAACAAAGUUACCUUUUGACUCCAUACAAAAAGGAAGUCCACAGCCAGAAACUAGAUGUGCCUCCAACCAAAGAAGUCCUGUCAGAGAGAGGCCUCGCUGCAUCGACCUCAGUAAGGCGGUUCAAGACCGUGUGUCACUCAUCCAGCAAAUCACCACCCCAAAACUACUCCCGAGGAAUCACACCCCUGUCGUAGCCAAUGUACCUGAGCUGGAUGUAGUCUCCACUUACCAGAGGGACUGGCUCGGCCAUACUGAUGACCAACAGCAGGAGUCACCGUGCUCCAGUUCACACCAGCUGCCAUCCAGACAGUCCUGUGAUACUGAUGAUGGUGGAGUUCAUGUGUACGUGCAUCCUGAUGAUGGCCUCAGCAACCAUGGGGAGGAAAGUGAAGAAGAGUUUGUGUGCACUCCUGUUCCUCGUCCUGUCUCCCUGCAGUCAUCCAACAAAACCAAACCGCAGAAGCUGCUCCCAGACCCCAUUCUAAGACUCAGUCGAAUCAUCGGCUUCGGAGGAGCUACUACUAAAUGCGUGCUGUGGACCAAAUCCGGCGAUGCAGUGGUGUAUCCAUGUCAUGCAAUUAUCGUCUCUAUGAAGAUAUCCUCCAACCAGCAGAGAUUCUUCAUCGGCCACACUGAUAAGGUUUCUGCACUGGCUUUUAAUGGCAACACAACACUGCUGGCUUCAGCACAAACUGGCAACAAUAGUGUCGUUCGAGUAUGGAACUACCACAAAGGAAACUGCUUGGCCAUGUUUAGGAUUCAUGCUCAUUCGUUAUCCUGUCUUAGCUUCUCACACGGCGGUGGUAUUCUCUGUGGAGUGGGGAAAGAUAGCCACAACAAAACAAUGGUGGUGGUGUGGAACACUCUGAAUGUUAGCAAACGUGGAGAGGUGACCGUCUUAGCCAAAGCACACACAGAUGUGGACAUUCACACCAUGAAGGUCACCUUCUUUGAUGAUACAAGGAUGGUGUCAUGUGGUCGUGACAAUAUUCGUCUGUGGCGAGUGCGAAAUGGGAUGCUGCGUUCCUGUCCGGUCAACCUGGGUGAAUACCACUCAAUGGACUUCACCGAUGUGGCCUUUGAGGAGGGAAGCUCUUCUGACCAGCAUCUUGAUGAUCGAACACUAUUUGUCAGCAGUCGAAGUGGCCAUAUCUUUGAGAUUGACUACAGCAGGGUUGUCAUUAGAAAUGUGAGGAGGCUGUUGCCUGCACAGCAGCAGCACGCAGAGCACAGAGAGAAAUGGACUUUUAACACAGGUCCAGGCAUUGCCAUCAACAGCAUCAGUGUGUCUUCAUCAUUCUGUGCCACCGGCUCUGAAGAUGGCUUCCUGCGGCUCUGGCCCCAUGAUUUUUCUGCCGUCUUCCUGGAGGCUGAGCAUGAAGGACCUGUGAGCGUGGUGUCAGCCUCAUUUGACAGCCUGCAGGUCCUGGCAGCCACCUCUACGGGUAACCUUGGUUUCCUUGAUGUAAGCAGCCGUGGUUAUAACACACUUAUGAGGUCACACACAGACACCGUGCUUGGAUUCAGUGUGGAUGGAGUUCAUCGGCAUCUCACAACAGCCUCUUCUGAUGGCACAGUGCGCAUUUGGAAUAUGGAUUCCUUGCAUCAGUUGUAUGAUUUUGUGUCCGAGGACAGCCCCUGCUCUGUGGCCUUCCAUCCGAGUGAGCAGACCUUCUGUUGUGGCUUCACCUCCGGCAUCGUCAGGGUCUUUGACAUCUCCAGUGCGAAGCUGCUAGCUGAACAUCAGCAGCACAGAGGUGAAGUGGUGGGUCUGGCCUUCUCUGCGGAUGGGGAGUUCAUGUACAGUGCUGACUCGCAGGGUUCUCUGGCACUUUACAACUCCUCUGAGGAAGAUCACAAUGUGAUCAAAGUUGCAUGUAAUGUGGUGGCCCGUGGCACUGAGCGUGCUCCAGACGCUCUCUCAGUGAGCAGCGACAGCCGCUGUCUGGCCUUUGUUGGUCCCUCUGAGUAUAUUGUAACCAUCGCUGAUGCACGCUCUCUGGAUGAGGUGCUACAUGUAGAUGUGAGUAUUUUGGAUGUAGAGAGCCCCCGUCUGGAUUCUGCACUGAAGGUCUGCUUCUCUCCGGCCUCCAUCGAACACUUGUUAGUUGCCACAUCUGCUAACAAGAUCCUUUGGGUUAGCACUAAGACAGGCCGUCUGCUCCGAGAGGUGUCCAAGGUGCACAAACACCAGUGCUCGUCUCUAGCUGUGAGUGAGGAUAGUAGAUUCCUGCUGACAGCCGGACACAAUGCUGUGAAAGUUUGGGAUUAUAACAUGCAGCUCGAUACAAACUCACAGAUGUUCAUAGGUCACAGUCAGCCCAUUCGCCAAGUCAGUUUCACCCCUGACCAGCUGGGCGUCGUCUCGGUCGGAGACGCCAUAUUUCUUUGGGACUUCUUAGCAAAUCCUGUUGACUCUUUGACUGACAGCUGUUCACCUCUCAGAGUAAGCUACAGCUCAGCUCCGAAAACAGUUCCACCAGACACUGAAGUAAAUGGAGUCCGGCUGUCCAAUGGGAUGCCUCGACAGGCAGCACCCCUCCCUUCCUCGCCACCACGACUGGACAUCAGCACCACUGACCAAGUGGACCAAGGAGCUUUGGGUUCCUUGUCUAUUUGUGAUGACUCUCCGGCAAUCCCGAACAUUCCAGCCGAGGCCACUAAUCGGGUUUCUUCCUCUGAUUCUGCCGUCUCGUUCCUCAAAGUCACAGACCUGGUCCACAUGUCUCCCCUGAACACCAAUGGCAUGGACACUGUUCAUUUGAAACAGAAGAAGCGAGUACGUCCAGAUUGUUACAGGCACUUUAUCCCACGUUUCAAGACCUCCUGCCUUGAUCAGGCUGUUGUAGCUCCCCAACCACAAGAAGAGGGCAUAAAGCUGAAAGCAGUGAUUGGCUAUAAUGGCAACGGGCGUGGCAACAUGGUGUGGAGCCCUGACCAAGGUUUAUUCGCAUACUCUUGCGGCUGUGUGGUGGUGGUGGAGUACCUGGAUACAGGACGUCAGAGACACUUUCAGGGCCACAGCGAGGAGAUCUCUUGUCUUGCAGUCACAAAUGAUGCACAGACGGUGGCAUCGGCAGCUGGUGGCAGUAACGACAGCAAGAGCCUCAUCUGCAUUUGGGACGUCCAGAAAGGAAUUUGUCGUAACACCAUCUCUCACCACUGGGGGGCUGUGCAGUGUCUUGCGUUUUCCAGGGACGACCGUUUCUUUCUCUCUGUCGGAGACUUCUCUGACCCAGAGGUAGCUCUGUGGAGCACAAAGAACUUCCAGCUGUUGUCUAGUGUGAGUGUAUCAGGUCCAAUCCACGAUGCGGCCUUCAGCCCUUCAGCACACAGCCAAAUGGCCUGCGUGGGCAGUCAAGGUGCUUACUUCUGCCUCAUCCACUCACAGGGCCUGAAUGUCGAGCUCCAGGUCCAGAGGAUGAAAACACCAGCAGAGGUGGGUGAUGUGGAGCUGACUGCUCUUUGCUACCACAUGGACUCCUUACUGUUUACUGGCACAAAUCGAGGACAUGUUUGCGUCUGGGACGUCAACACACAGCGAUGCUUCAUGACCUGGGAGGCCGAUGAGGGAGAGAUUGGAGUCUUGCUGUCUCGAGGGAACCGUCUGCUGACAGGCAGCAACACCCGCUGGUUGCGGCAGUGGGAGGUAGAAGCUGUACAGGAGGGGACGCCUCAAGAAAAGGUCUCCAAUGUAGAAGACAGUGGGAAAACGGUGGCGUUGGAACAAGAGGUGAUGCUGGACGGGACGAUAGUCAGUGCAGCAUUUGAUACCACAAUGGACAUGGGCAUUGUUGGCACCACAGCUGGAACCCUCUGGUACAUCAGCUGGGCAGAGAACAGCAACAUCCGGCUGGUCAGCGGGCACAAGACCAAGGUGAAUGAUGUAGUGUUUAGCUUUGAUGAGAGCCAUUUUGCCACCUGCAGUGAGGACGGCAGUGUGAGAGUGUGGUCAACCUCCAGCUACGAACUCGUGGUGCAGUUCCAGGUGCUCAACCAGGCCUGCGGCUGUGUGUGCUGGAGUCCUUCCUCCAGUAAAGACAGCACAUGUGUGGCUGCAGGAUACAGUGACGGGACCCUGAGGAUCUUCCGACUUGCCUCGACAGAGAUGGAGUUGAGGCUUCAUCCCCAUCAGGUGGCUGUCACUGCCAUCCAGUACUCUGCUAACGGUCAUGUGAUCCUUUCAUCAGGGAGGAAUGGUCUGGUAGCUGUCAGCAGCCCAGUAAAUGGAGCAACUAUUCGUGUAAUCAGGGACCACAAAGGAGCGAUGAUUACCACAAUUCAGUGCGUGAAUGAACAGUGCAAGAACUUUGGACUAGAGGGAAACGAGAUGUGGUUGGCUGCCAGCGUGGACAGACGUGUCAGUGUGUGGGCUGCCGAUUGGCUGAGAGACAAGUGCGACCUGCUCGACUGGCUGACAUUUCCUGCGCCGACCUAUUUUGCGGGUGACAGCCUACCACCCAGCUUGGCUGCCUUCUGCCCAGCAGACUAUAGCCUGGUGGUCUACACUGGCUAUGGAGUGGAAAAGGAGCUGUGUUAUUACAGCCUGACUAAAAAACAGAUAAUAAAAAAGAUUGCCCUUCCACACUGGCCCACAUGCAUCAGCCUCUCCUCCAAGAGUGAACUCGUAGCUGUGGGAUCAAACGAGCGAGUGCUGAAGCUGAUCCAGUCAACCAGCGGCAGGUUUCAGGACUUCUUGCAGCACAGUGACUCACUGCAGACGUGUCACUUCUCCCCCUCUGGGACGCUUCUCUUCUCUGUGGCUUAUAAUGAGAUCCUGCUGUGGGAGGUGAAGGGCCUCUGAAGGCCUCUGAUCUGUUGUUGUUUGAACCUCCAACACUGUAGGUUUACCCUCUUUCACAUGUGCCUCGGUUUUAUUGUUGCUUUAUGCAAUUUCAAUGUUCUGUAGAAAUUUUUUUAUCAAUUGAAUAUUUUUAGGAAAAUUUGUAGAGAAAAUUUUUGUAAGAUUUGUCACAUUGGAGAAAUUGUCUCACAUCUCCUGUCUGUUCUAAUGUUUGACUAUUUAUUUUAGGUUUUCAUGCUGUUACUUAAAAUGUAAAUGAUUACAGAUGAGUGAUUAAAGAUGUUUUCAUAUAUGCUGGUGUUCAAUGGUAGAUGGGAUUGUGGUUUGUGGGCUGCUCUGAGAGGGCAGCAUGUAAAAUAUACAAUUUAUAGUGUGAGAAUCCUGCAAUACUUAAAUAGUCAAAUGACUGUUAGCAUAGUGCAGCAAAGACCUCUGUGUUUUUAUUUAGUCUUUUGCCCAACAUGCCAGUUGAUUGGUGAACCACUCAGAAAACUGUGUUCUGGAUGUUGCUCAUGUUCUUUUUCUAUAAAAGGGAAUUUU